AUGCUAGAGGAGGAUCGAGAAGACCUCGUGGCAUCAGAAGUCUCCAUAAAUAUUGAAAAUAAAGAGUCACCAGAUGAGUCAGAAAAAACGACGCCAUCGAAUCUGGGUAGCAAUACUUCGUUCUUUCCUACAGCGUUGCAGAAUGAACAGAAUGAACAGAAUGAUUCCUCUGUGUCAUUAAAGAAAGAAGCGGAUCAAGGUGAAAUGUCUACGUUGCAACCAGCUCACCACGUAGUAAUUGAGAGUCCAUCUAACAUAGAAAGUCUCACUCAAUCAGUUCCACCAGCACAGGAUAUUGAAAUCAGUGACAUUCUAGAAAACAGGUAUCCUACUAUUGGAUCUAAGCGAAAAGCCGACGUUUCAGUUAAUGUACCGCCAGCUACUAUUUCUAAGCCAGACUCAGAAGAUGCUGUUAUCAUCAUCAAUGAUUUCAGUAGUGUUGAAAAGGAUUGUAAAAUUGAUGCAGACACUGUUGUAAAGAAAGAAACAUUGGAUUCUUCCUCACUGCAUCAGGAUCUGAAUGCCUUUGAAUACCUAAUGAAUCGAACUAAGGAAUCAACAUCACCUAUGAAUCGAGAGUCCCAAAAUGUAAACGGUAAAGUCAACGAUAAGAAAGCAAAACUUGAACUUCCUGAUGGACCUUUCACCGUUCAUUCAGAUCCAUUAAAUAAACCAAAAAGGAAGCCCAAAGAUCCCAAACCAGACUUUAAAAGACCAGGUAGCGAGUGGACAAUUCCUCUGCUAAGCAAAUAUAUUCACAUUGAGGACACCGUCAUGCGUCUUGAGUUCAACAAAUGUGAAUCAACGUCCAAGGUUUUUGAGAAGAUUAGACUUGACAUUAAAGAGAGGAGGAAUGUCUUACAAUUAAAAGGCAAUGAGCAGUCUAAACCCUCCGAGACUGCUUUAGAAUGCCUAGGAACAUGUGAAACUGAUGCAAGGGUAAUACUGGAUGUCAUAUUUCUACCAAUUUGCAAGUUUAUUUCUGUAUGUGUGAGAACAGAGGAUGAGGUCCAUAGCGAAAUCUUACCAAACAACCGAUAUGAUUAUAGAUUUUACAUCAGUAAACAAUGUGUUGGUUGUUUAGAGGCCAAGGGGUCUUCAAUGAAUCGAGAUAGUGUCCCACAAUGCAUCCUUCAACUGUUGCUCAUCCAGGCAGAAUGGCAUGAAGAGAUGUAUGAAAACUGUGAAGUUGACGCUAUGGAUAUUCCAUUCUUCAAUGUUCUAUCAGAUGGGUUUAGAUUUGUGUUCAUUGUUUUGAAAGGGAAUAAAUUGUAUUUUGAACACCAGGACGAAAAGUUGCUCAAGGUGAAUGAAGCUGGAAGUUGGGAGAAUUUGGAAAUAAUUACUCAAAAGAUUAUAGAGUGCAUGGAGAAAGUAAAACAAAGUCUCCCAAAAUAAAGUUUCCAUUCUUCUCAAUCAACUCGAUUAAAUUCACUUUGGUAGGUGUUCUCACCGUUAGAUUUUAAAGAAACUGUUGGAUUUUAGUCAUUUGUAGUUUUCCCGAGAGACAUGAAACCGAUGAUAUUUCAUACUAACGAGAAUAUAUUUUAUUCACAUAUUUGUUUCUUGAAGCCGAAUAAAGAAA